GAUAAAACAACUCCUGACACGACACCUCCAUACCUUAACCCCAUACUCGCGUACAAUCAACCCCUUUGUUCUACUUCGUUUGCUAGACUUCAAACAUAAUACAUUCCUAAUACAAUCUGGCGGGACUUUAUUUCUUCUCUUCACUUUCUUCCAACAAUCCGGCAUAGACACGACACGACACGAACCUGUCAUUACGAACGAAACUUGUUCCAUCAACGUUACGAGGCUUCAAGUCCAACUCGCACAUCCAAGACCAAAGUACGACUGGUUCGGAGGGAUUUUGCAUGCCCCGCAACAUGAGAUAACGCCGGUAUUUGGAAAACUUUGUUUGGAAGGAUAUAAUUAUACACUUGCGCCUGGGAAAAGAAAAGAAAAAAGAGAGAAAAAGAAGAAAAGGGGGGGAGGGAAUGCGCCAUCUUUGACCAUGCCUUCCCAAUACUAUAACCACCCUUCUUCCUCUUUCGCCCAGACCCGCGACUCUCUCGAGCUCGCCUCCCUCGCCUCGUCCUCUCACGGUCCCGACACCACUUCCAACGACGACCACGCCGCUCCCUCCUCGCGCCCUUCCCUUUCCUCCUCCCGCAAGCUCUCCUUCGACAAUGAAGACCCCUUCGACGAAGCCAACCCCGCCGCCUCCUCGGCAGCAGCAACACGCGGCGUAGGCCGUCCCCCAGGACACUCCCGCUCCUUCUCCGUGUCCUCCGCCUUCGACUUCGCCCCCAACCUCUUCCCCCUGAGCUCCACCGCCGGGGGGGCAGGGUACGCCCCCCUGGGAGGAGCCCCCCUCUCGUCAUCGACCGCCCACCACGCCGCCGGCGGCCCGGGCGGCGGCUCGCUCGAGAAACACAAGACCCUCACCUUCGUCAACGGCCUCAGCCUCAUCAUCGGCCUCAUCAUCGGCUCUGGCAUCUUCAGCAGCCCCAGCCAGGUCAGCGCCAACGUCGGCUCCCCCGGCGCCGCCCUGAUCGUCUGGGUCAUCGCCGGCCUCCUCGCCUGGACCGGCGCCGCCAGCUACGCCGAGCUCGGCGGCGCCAUCCCCCUCAACGGGGGGCCCCAGGUCUACCUCGCCAAGAUCAUGGGCGAGCUCGCCGGCUUCCUCUUCACCUGGGUCGCCGUCCUCGUCCUCAAGCCGGGCAGCGCCGCCAUCAUCGCCAUCAUCAUGGGCGAGUACCUCGUCCGUGCCGUCUACGGCGCCGAUGCGAGCGAGAUUAACCCCUGGGUCAACAAGUCCGUCGCCUUGGUCGGCCUGAUCCUCGUCACCUUCCUCAACUGCGUCUCCACCAGGGUCGGGACCAAGGUCAACGACUGGCUUAUGUUUCUCAAGUUUGUCGCCCUGAUCGCCGUUACCGUCACGGGCGUCGUCGUCGCCAUCACGGGCCAUGCUUUUAAUGGCGACGCCAGCACCGACUGGAAGAACAACGACUGGUUCGCUGAUACGUCCACCGAUCUCUCGGCCUGGGCCGUUGCUCUAUAUGCCGGUCUCUGGGCUUAUGAUGGUUGGGAUAACACCAACUACGUGGUAGGCGAGUUCCGGAAUCCCUCGCGGGACCUCCCCCGCGUCAUCCACACCGCCAUGCCUCUCGUCAUCAUCUCCUACGUCCUCGCCAACGUGGCCUACUUCCUCGUCCUGCCCCUCACCACCGUCUACGCAUCCAACACCAUAGCCGUCAUGUUCGGCGCCAAGGUCUUCGGCCCCGUCGGCUCCCUCGUCUUCGCCCUCGUCGUGUCCGCUUCCUGCUUCGGCGCCCUGAACUCCUCCACCUUCACCUCCUCCCGCCUCAUCUACGUCGCCGGCAAGGAAGGCUACAUCCCCUCCCUCUUCGGCCGCCUCGGCCUCCGCUCUCCCGCCUCCCACCAUCCCACAUCCACCACCGCCACCACCCUCUCCACCCGCCUCCCCCUCCAGCGCUCCCGCGGCCGCGCCGCCUCCCUCGCCCGCCGCCUCCUGGCCGACCCGGAAACCGGCCUCUUCUACACCCCGAUCGCCGCCCUCCUCCUCAACGCCGUCCUGACCGCCGCCUACGUCGCCGUCGGCGAGUUCGCCACCCUCAUCACUUUUUACGGCGUUGCCGGCUACACCUUCUACUUCCUCACCGUCCUCGGCCUCAUCGUCCUCCGCGUCAAGGAACCCGCCCUCGAGCGCCCCUACCGCACCUGGAUCACCACCCCCGUCAUCUUCUGCUGCGUCUCCAUCUUCCUCCUCUCGCGCGCCGUCUUCGCCCAGCCCCUCCAGACCGUCACCGUCGUUCUUUUUGUCAUUGCCGGCGUCCCCGUCUAUUUUUGGCGCAUCCGCGGCCGCGACCAGGUCGUGAAGCGCGAGAGGGCGGGGGGGCUUCCCGGUGGUGGGGACUUUGGCGCUGGUAUCAACGAGCGGGAAAGGCCGUGGUGGAGGUUCUGGCGGAGGUGAGGCCGGGGUUUAAGGCCGGGCGGUUGAGGCUGGAGUGGUUGGGAGGUGUCUUCAUGUUGCCUAGUGCUGGCUUUCGCUUCGUUCUCCCCGUCUCGUGGAAGACGUUGGGGAGGCUGGAUUGCUUUUGCUUUUGUAUUCCCAUUGUCGUCUCUGACAGGAACCCCAAGACACGCAACCAGCUUGCUACGAAGUACUAGUCGGAGAGUUAUUUCGACAAAGACUCGGGCCGGCCUACAAUUCAUAGACUAUUAUUAAUUACAUUAGAAAUGCAACGACUUUA